AUGUCUGUGAAGUACGGUAUCAAGAUUGAUGCCGCGGCAUACAAGGAGCUGGCGGAUACGCAGUGGGGUCAGAUCCGCAAGGAAGCGGAUGAGGUCAAGGCAAUGCUUCAGGGAGGCCAGAACACGGCGGUGGCUAUGGACAUCGAUGGCCUUGGUGUUGCUGCAGACGUUGCUGCGGAUUCAGCUUUGGUGCAGAUUGCGUCCCCCACUCCCGUUCUGCUUUCACAGCUUGAGGCCCAGACUAACAACUCGACAAUCGUCUGGGAGAACAUCGGCAAGCUGCAAAGGCUUACUUACACUGAAGAUAUCUCAUUCAGAGCAUCAGGAAUGCCUACACCCAGACGGCCGCGCUCCAUUACGGGACCGUUGAGCAGAUCAACACGCUGGCUCUUCUGCAGAGCACCCCGCGCAAAUAACCUAGCCAGUGGCAAGAUCUCUCCGCAUGUCUUCCUCAAGGGUACCUUCAGCUCAGUCUCCAUGGCACGCAAGCAAUCUGCUCGUGUCAAGUCGCAGCUUUCCAACUCAUCUGCUGAACUCAGCGGUAAACUCAAGCUUGUGAAGGCGUCCAUCGGAGAACUGAAGAAGGCCAUCUCAAGCGCCAACAUCGAUCUCGCUCGCCGCGACAAGGCCUAUCGCGACAAGGUCACCGGCAUCAUUGUUGAAGGAUGCUUGACCGGCUUCGCUACUGGCGGAUUGGUCGCUGCUGCUGCGUUUGCUGCUUAUUCAGGGGUUGCUAUCGCUUCCAUUCCUGCCCUUCUCGCAGCCGGCGGGGUUGUCUUUGGCAAGGAUGGCGACAAGAAGGGAGACAAGGAAGAAGACAAGCCGGAAGGUAAUGCUUCCAAUGGAACCAAGGCUGCCAACGGCACCAACGGCACCAACGGCCAUGCGAAGCCCAAGGUCGACUCGGAGGAGGAGGAGGUUCCUGAGGAGGCUGGAGACAAGAGUGAGGAUACUGCUGCGCCCGCCAAGAAGACUGAAAAGGAAAUCCCCAUUCAGAAACGCGUGGAAGCCGCCCAAGACACCUGGACGGCACUUAGCGGAGUUCUCCGCACGGUGAAGGAUGCCGCCAGCGGAACGGAGCUCGGCAAGGCGCUAUUCAACAAGAUGAGUCUCCAGGAACUCGGCAUGCUUGUGCAGUUGGUCAAGACAGCUAUCGUCGUCAUGGAGCGCUCUGUGGCGGCGGUGGAACACCUCUCGCAGCCACUGGAGGACCUGCUCUCCAGCGUGGCUCAAAUGGCUGACAUUCUGUCCGACAUGGAUACUCGUUGCAGCCAAUACCAGGUGAAGAAUGCUGGUGCAUCACUCCAAUUUGGCAAGGAAGAGGCCGAGACGAUUAAGGCCCGCUGGGCUGAGGUUGGUGACGCCGCUGAGGCUUGGUUGGAUGUCUUCAACGCGCAGCGCAUCUCUCCUAUUACCUACACUGUUGUUUGA